AUGCAUGCUUAUCACACAAUAAUUCAACGAUGUACAGCUGGGUUUGGAAUAUUGAUAAAUGCGUUUUUGAUUUUUCUAAUUUUAACGAAAUCUCCAAAAAAGCUGGGAACCUAUAAAUAUUUGAUGAUCUACAUCGCUCUCUUUGAGUUGAUAUACGCUAUUUUAGAUAUGUUAACAGUUCCGGAGAUAUUUAGCAUAGAUUCUGCUUUCUUUGUCAUUAUUAAGUCGGAUAAAACAAUUAUCCCACAACCCCUGACAUUCUCAGCAACAGUAACAUUCUCGUCAAUGUUUGGAACCUCAAUUGCAAUCUUUGCAAUUCAUUUCAUCUAUAGAUAUGCAACAGUUACAAGUCACACUCUCAUGUCAGCUUUUCAAUCUUGGAAAAUCUUUAUUUGGCUAUCAUUUCCAAUUGUUUUUGGAAUUGUUUGGAGUGCAGGAAUAAACUUGGCAUUAGCUCCAAAUAAAGCGGGAGACCAAUUCUUUUUUUUUCGUUUCGUUUACUGUCAAAAAGUGACAAUUACUCAGUUUUUGACACUCAUAGUUUUGAAUGAGUACUUAUUUAAAACAGGUCACACCAUUGACCAAGUGUAUUACAUUGGCCCAUACUUCUAUCCAGAAUCUGUUGCAGGAGUAGACUAUUUCAAUUGGAAACCCUUUAUAGGAAUUGGGUGCAUGCUUUUAGCUAAUUUUGUCUCUACAUUGGUAAUUCUUUAUAUUGGCAUUAAAAGUUACAAUUACAUGAAAUCUGUUUUACCAUCAUCAUCUCAAUCUGCUCAAUUCAAAAGUCUGCAAUCUCAAUUAUUUUAUGCAUUGAUCCUUCAGACUAUAAUUCCCGUAAUUUUAAUGCACACCCCUGCUUUCUUUAUUUUCAUAGCUACAUUUUUCAAUAGCUCAUUUGAAUUACUUGGACAAAUACCUGCAAUGUCAAUUGUAUUCUAUCCUUCAAUUGACCCAUUACCCAAUAUUUUCGUUAUUUGGAACUAUAAAGCCGCUACUAUAGAUUAUUUCAAUACAGUAAAACGGUGGAUUUUAAAAAUGACGCUUGAGAAGACAGGACUCCGGACCCAAAAUACAACAACUUGUGCCAUUGUGAGAUUCGAUCAUCGUUCUAGUUUGAAUGCAUCAUAA